GUACCAUGUCCGGGAUGAUUAUUCUUAAUGAUGUGCCUGUCUAUGCCUGGUUUGAUACUGGAGCGACCCAUUCUUUUAUAUCACGUCGAUGUCUCGAAGCUAUUGGGGUUCGUUCCACUACCGCUGUCAAUCCUCUCGAGGUGAGUUUAGCCUCAGGAAGAAAGAUAGUAACUGACGCUAGAGCCACCGAUCUCAGCCUUUCCAUCGGUGGCCGUAUUCUGAUUACUGAUACUUAUGUUAUCGAGAUGAGGGAUUUUGACCUCAUACUCGGUAUGGAUUGGCUAACUCGAUUUCACGCAGAUAUUCGAUGUUAUGACCGGGAGAUUACUCUUUACCUGCCGGGAGAUGAUCAGAUCACUUAUUACGGCUCCAGGACUC